GUAAAGGGGUUUUGCCGCCCCGCGAGCUUGGGCCAAUCGUUGCUGCGCGAGAAACCAGGGGUCUUGGAAAUGUCCCCAGGCUUCGAGAACACAUGUCAAUCCACCCGGCACAAGGCCUGGUUGCUAGCUAAUGUAAUAGAAUCAUGGUUUGGAGCCAUAUCUCAAUCGCAGUCUGCUCCUUCAGCCUCUAGGUCAACCACAAGCGUGUCAUCAACGCGUCAGAAUCCGAUAUGCAACUUCCGACAUCCCUUCUCGCGCUCCUCUCCACACUUCUCAUACCCAAUGCCGCUGCCGCUGCCGCUACUGCUGCCAUCGAUAGCCUCCCCUCGAACAAUGCGUCGCUGCUAUGGGGCCCGUACCGACCGAACCUGUAUUUGGGCAUCCGCCCAAGGGUGCCAGACAGUCUCAUAGCGGGCUUGAUGUGGGGAAAGCUUGAAGAUGUGGAGAAGAAAUUACGACACACGGUUGACAUGACCGAAGGGAUGGCCAAGUACGGUUGGACAGCUUACGACACCCGAGAAGGUGGCAGGCAGAUUAUCGAAGAUGUCGGGAAUAAGAUAAACAUCACCACCGAGUUCAUAAAGAGUUAUGAGGGGCAGAGCGCGGGUAAUUGGGGGUUAAGAAUUGCGGGCAUACCGAGAAAAGAUGCGCCAGCAGACCUCAAGACAACGGUCGUGUUCUACGUGGGCAUGGAGGCGAUGGAAUCUUGCGUCGAGUGCAGGCUUGAAUCUAAGGAGCAACUAGGCGCUGGCGAAGAUACCUCGGUCCAUGCCGUCAAUAUUGACAUUUCGCAUCCGCGGCUGGGUAGUGCUGGAAUUCAUAUUUCGACGUCGAUUAGCGAAGACGGACGGAAUGAAGGAACAGUGGUCAAGACACUGAACGUUACAGAGGAUAGGCUAUGGCAGGCGAAAUCCGCCUUUUUAGAUUCGUUGAAAGACCAGACGAAAGAUCGAACUGAAGAAGGGCCAAGCGAUCUUGUGCUCCGCAAUGCGCCAGGUGCUGGAAAUAUGCAACUUGUGCAGAUGAUUUGUCACGGCAAAUUCGAGUUCGACGUGCUAUACUCUAGUCACAUAGCGACGCGCGCCAUGACUUCUGCUGAGUUGACUAGAGAGCUCGACAGUACUGUCAAAUCCUUUGAGAAGAACUUUGUCUCUGUUUAUGGACCGAAGGCUCCCUUCAAUACUGACCAGCACCUUGCGUUCUCGGAAGCAGUCUUUUCAAAUCUACUAGGGGGUUUAGGAUACUUUGUGGGUACUGCCAAGGUGGACACAUCGAAAAAGGCAAUCUACGCAGAAACUACCGGAAAGUUUUGGGAGAAGUCGGAAGAAGCCAAGCAGCAUGCCACACCAGAGACGAGAGGUCCAUAUGAGCUUCUCACGCACACACCAUCGCGCGCCAUGUUUCCUAGAGGCUUCCUGUGGGAUGAGGGGUUCCAUCUUCUUCCAGUACUAGAGUGGGAUGCAGACCUUGCUUUGGAAGUCGUCCGUAACUGGCUUGCACUUAUGGAUGACGAUGGUUGGAUAGCCCGGGAGCAGGUUUUGGGCGCGGAGGCAGAGAGCGCGACACCUGCGGAUUUCAUCACACAGUUACCGCACAUCGCAAAUCCGCCGACCAUGUUCCUUGUGAUAUCGAAAUUCAUCGACUUGCUGGCGGGGAAGACCAAGUACUUCGGUCACGAGUCAAAGUACCUUACCCACGCCGAGACCGGCAAAGCACUCGUAGCUAAACUCUACCCGCUGCUAAAGAAGCACUAUGAAUGGUUCCGUAAGUCGCAGUCAGGAGACGUUGAGGUGCACUCCAUCCCGUCUGCAAAUCUCAACGAGGGCUAUAGAUGGCGAGGUCGUACCCCAGAGACCAAUUACGCUAGCGGUCUAGAUGAUUUCCCUCGAGCAGAGCCUCCGGAUAUCACCGAGCUACAUCUAGACGCCCUAUGCUGGGUUGGUUUAAUGGCGCGAACUCUCGAACAGAUCGCGUUCUUCACCGAAACCACACAUGAUGCUUUCACUUAUCAGAAUCACAUACGCGGCGUUAAGACCAACCUAGAAAAUCUCCAUUGGGAGCAAACGCAGAACAUCUACUGCGACACAGUCGUUCGAGAUGAUGUGCAUACCUACGCCUGCCACAAGGGCUACGUAUCCAUCUUCCCUUUCUUGACUGGCUUUGUCGGACCUGACCACCCACAUCUCCCUGCUGUGCUUGAUCUCCUCCGCGAUCCCAAGCAUCUUUGGACUGAUCAUGGCGUCCGUAGCCUUAGCCCAGAAAGCAAGAAGUACGGGGUAGGCGACAACUAUUGGCGCUCCCCAAUAUGGGUAAACUUCAACUACCUCAUCGUAUCGCAACUACUCACUCUCGCCCAAACACCCGGUCCCUCACAACAACGCUGCCGCGAGAUUUACGUUGAGCUUCGUAGCAACAUUGUACACACCGUGUUCAGCUCGUGGUUAGAAACUGGUUAUGUGUGGGAACAGUACGAUCCUGUUGGCGGCCACGGGCAGCGCACACAGCACUUUACGGGCUGGACCGCAUUGGUGGUGAAGAUUAUGGCAAUGCCCAAUCUGGCGCAGGGAGAGGGAGUUACAAACCGUGUGAAGGGGUAUUACGAGGAAGCCAAGAAGCAGGCGGUGGAGAACCAGAGGACGGGUGCGGGGAGUGUGUUAUUUGCGAUUAUUGUUAUGGCAUUUCUCUAUGUAACAAGGAGGAGGUUCGCGGGGACGUUGAGGAGCUGGAAGAGGAGGAACUGAGAUGCGGAUGGUGGUAAGGAAGAGUAGUGGAGCGUAGGCAUUGUUUUUGAUACAUAAAUGGGUACUCAAGACCCGAUUAUUUUGACAGAUAUGUGAGUCCACUCCUUUGCUGACCAAUUCGU